CAACCUUGCGCAACCUCUGCCAUUGCUCUCUCUCUCUCCCUCUCUCUCUACCUUUGCAAGCGACACACCAACACUAGCCAAAGAGAACCAUGUGCAAGUCCAGCCAACCACAGGGAAGUAGCGAGGCGGCCCCGGUAGCGAUGGAGGUCCCGACGAACGACUCAUACGACCUCGCCAAACCGUGUGCGAUAUCGGACAACGAGCAACCGCACCAAGAAGUUAUCGCACACGACGAGGCCAGCGGGAUCAUCGUGUUCGGCUCGUUCAUUGCAGGUGCAUUGGUGGGGGUAGUGAUCUGCGCACCUGCUUUUGUGGUGCUACUCUUCGGGGCGGGUGCGGCGGCCUUGACCAAGUCAGACAGCAAGGUCGGCAAGUUUUCCCGCAAAGUGGGCAAGGUGUCCUCCGACAUUCUUCUUGCAGUGUUCAGGUUGGCCAGGGAGUACAACCACAAGCACAAGUUGACGGACAAGGCGAAGGUAGGCGCGAAAGAAGCGGCGGGGAAGGUGACCGACAAAAUGCGGAAGCUCGGCAUCGUCGACAACGUUAAGGCCAGGGCAAGCUCCCUUUGGGAUCAAGUCGACAAGCGGACUGCUCCUGCUGGUCAGGCUUCUAUUCAGGCAGCACAAGGACAAGACCUGAGCCAGGUUACCGACGGCACCCAGAUCCCUUUCGAUGGUGCCGUGGAUGCCUACGUAACAGACUCAUCUUCGUCGUCGUCGUAUUCCAAAGGCAGGAAGCCCAAGUCCUUCGAUGCCUGAGCUUCAUCGUGCCACGGCUUCCACCAAGCACCGGACAUGUUCCCCGACCGAAGUGCGGUGUUAGAGUAGACUGUACGCUGUCACCCCAUUUGCAACGGCCGACGCUCUUGGCUAUCGCUGUGCGUCUCGCGCUAUCGCUUUGAGCGUUCCGUUUUGUACAUAAGACUAUGCAGCGUUCUGGGGCGGUCAAGCCCUUUGGGGGCCUCCUAUUUCAGUAGGAAGGACUGAUUUUGUACGCACAAAACGCGUGGAUGGGGGAAAUUGCCUCUGAUAGGCGGAAUGCAUUUCCUGCUUUCCUCGAAAUGGGUGCAGAGUGCCGCGAAUCGUUGUUCGAUUCCCUUUCCAGUGCAUGUUGAAGUGCGGUAUGGCUUCCCUACCCAAGCUGAUGUGUGUGUUUCUGCUGUGCGUGUCGUCCCUAGCUCUGGAGAGCCUUUUCCAGAAUGACAGGCAUAGGUAGUGCUCAGUCGCAUUCGAUAUUUAUUGCGGUUCCGGCCUUGCUACUGGUUGCACGGGUGUAUAAGACGUGUGUCGAUUCCCAUUCAUGUGAUAUCUUUCGCAUGGGCCAAACCCUGCCUGGCUUGUGUAGCUCGUUGAACUUGCGGGAUAGAAAGUUAAGGCUGUGGAUUUGUUGCGCGUUGUGAGCGAGGCUUUGUUGAGAAUUUCCCUCAUCUUGGUUUGGGGUGUGACUUUCUUGUUUUUGUGAUUUCGAGGUAAUGGUUGAGUUCUGUUAGAGGAGAAUGAACCCUCCGCGUCUUUGGCGUGGCGUAUAAUGCUCAGCUCUCUCUGUUGAUGGGGGUCGAAGCGUAGAUUUGACUCAACAUAGGCGUCUAAGAUUUGGUAAUUGUUAUUUACAUAAAAAAACAUGAAUCAUCAUCGCAC